AGAUCUGACAUACAACGUGUAGGAAAUAGAUCGGACCUGACGAUAUUGUAAGCUGUCAGGGAUCGUGUCUGCGUCCAGUGUGUUGGAUUUUGUGAGUUGGGCCAGAGUGCGGAAUGGUUUACCAGGUGCUGUGUUUAACCGGGACCAUGAUGGUUUUCAUGUCUGUUGGACUCUCCAUUCCAGUACCUCACCAAGACCAACACCAAUACUCCCGGGGUGUGGACUGGCUGAGCCGGUAUGGAUACCUGCCUCCCGCGAACACCCACACAGGGAGACUUCAGACAAGGGAGGGCAUUGAGAAAGGACUUCGCCAAAUGCAGAGAUUUGCUGGGCUAAAAGAGACUGGGAAGCUGGAUGAAGACACUCUUGCCCUUAUGGCAACCCCUCGCUGUUCUCUCCCUGAUAUUGUGGGACCGGAAGACAUGCUGAAAAAGAGGAGGAGGAAGAGAUAUGCUCUGUCAGGGCUGCGCUGGGACAAAACGGACAUAACUUGGAGCGUCCACAGCUUCCCUACCAUAGGCACCCACAUACAGUCUGAUUCAGUUAAUCCAAUCCUUGCUCAUGCCCUCAAAGUGUGGAGCGAUGUUACACCGCUGAGCUUUCAUUAUCUAUCCGAGACUUACGGACAAGGAGCCGGACAGGGGGGAGACAUAAGGGUGUCCUUCUCUCGAUCUUUUCACGACGAUGGAUACCCCUUCGAUGGUAUAGGAGGGACUCUUGCUCAUGCGUUCUUCCCUGGCACGGGCGACAUUGCAGGGGACACGCACUUCGACGAUGAGGAAAUCUGGAGCUAUGGAGGGAACAGUGGCAGCACAGACCUAUUCGCAGUGGCUGUACAUGAGUUUGGCCAUGCCCUGGGUCUCUCCCAUUCUUCUUCUGAUCCUUCCAUCAUGAGGCCCUAUUACCAGGGUCCAGUUGGGGACAUUGCAGCAUAUAAACUUCCCAUGGAUGACAGACUGGCCAUCCAGACACUGUAUGGGGUUAGAAAAGCCUCCCCUACACGGCCUCCAGGUGACGUACCUGGUCCUCCUCGUCCUCCUCUCCUGCCCAGUCCUGAUCCUCCAAGACCAACACAAAAGCCAAACCACUCUCUUCCCAAUCCCUGCAAUGGGAGCUUUGAUGCAGUGGCUCAUAUUAGAGGAGAGAUCUUCUUGUUCAAGGGCCCGUAUUUCUGGCGGAUCCAGCAGUCGGGUUCAUCGGUUUCUCUUUCCCCAGCUUUGAUAUGGAAAUUCUGGAUUGGGAUCCCCCCAGGAAUUGAAAAAGUUGAUGCUGUGUACGAGAGGAAGAGUGACAGUCACAUAAUUUUCUUUAUUGGAAAUCAGUAUUGGGUCUUCAAUGGCGCCACAUCCCUUCCUGGGUACCCACAUCCACUCUCAGAGUGGACAAUGAGGUCAAGAGACGGUUAUGAGAUACAGAGAGUGGAGGCUGCAUUUGUAUGGGACCACAAUGGGAAGACCUACCUAUUCAGUGGUAGGCAGUUUUGGAGGUUUGAUGAAGGGAGGAGAGGAAUGGAGAGAAAGCUGGAUGGAGACUACCCAAAAGAUGCUACUCUCUGGGGAGGUGUACCCCCUGACCCUGAUGACAUUUUCAGCUGGAAAAAUGGUGAUACUUAUUUCUUCAAGGGAAAUUCCUACUGGAUGCUGAAGCAAGGUGGGAUAAAUCAAGAGGCUGUUGCAUCCAAAUCUAUUGCAGUUGACUGGAUGAGAUGUGCCCCAUCGCCAACUGCUGCCUAUGCUCCAGCCAAGCCUCGGAAUGAGGACUGCAGCUGUACAGUGAACAGGGCUUUAACAUUACGGGAUUCUAAUUGGAUCAUGCUACUCUCCAUCAUUUUGAUUUUUUGCCUUUCCCAAAUUAGGUAAUUAUUUGGCCAAAAAGUGUUAUAUUUUUAUCGCAUGUUAAAUGCUGAUAAAACAUUUAUCAGCCAUUUUAAAUACUGUGUUUUAAAUACUACAUUUCAAAUUUGAUCUCUUAAAUUGUCUAUUCAAUUACAUUUCUUUUCCUUUCUUUCUUUCUUUCCUUUUUCUUUAAUGCAUCUCUGUUCUGCAUUAUUUGUAAAGUGUAUUGGGACCAUGCUGCAUGGUGAUUCUGCACUUUAAAUAAAAAUUGAUUGAUUGAUU